UAGUGCCUGUGCAACGCUUCCGCAUUGAUACUUCGCUUAGCUAGACCUCUACGAAUACUUUGCUCGUAACCAAUUAGAAGAACGGUAUCAUCGGACGUCGGACUAGAUUCAUCGUUCGCUUUCUGCAAAUUCUGGUCUGAUCUAGAAAACAGUUGCUUCUCAUCCCAGUCAAUUAUCUGGCCUUCAAUUUAGCCCCUGUGAAAGGAAAGGACCAACAAUAUGAGCGACAAACCACCUCCACAUAACCCGAGUGCAGCCCCUGCACCCGGCUACCCACCACAGCAAGGCGGACCACCACAGCAAGGCUACCCACCACAGCAAGGCUACCCUCCACCCCAGGGCCAGGCCCCUGGCUAUGCUCCACAGCAAGGCUACCCACCUCAGCCUGGCUACGCCCCUCAGCCCGGCUACCCUGCUGCCCAACCCGGAUACGCACCACAGCCUGGCUAUGCACCCCAGGCUCAGAAUCAGAUGUCCAACACUGUUGUUGUGACGGCUCCACCAGCUGUCCAGCAGAGUACUGUAGUAGUCCACCAGCAACAACGUCGUGGUGUGAACCAUUGUUUGCAUUGCGUCAUUACAUUCUUCUUUUUCCCGUGGGUAUUCGUCUGGAUCAUCCUGUGCAUCACAGAGGGUUGCUGAGACAAAGAGAGGAGACACCACCUGAUCAUCUUUCACCUUUCACCUUUGAACUUUGACCUCUUUUGCCUGCAUGCAUCCAGCACUCUCUUUUCUUCCAAGUUUGGUAUGUGCUUUCAAUCACCCUAAUGGUGUCUUGGAAAGAAUAAAUAGAAAAAUGUCUUUUUGACUGGUUAUAAUUUCUUCCUAUUUCUUAUUUUCUUUAGUGCAUACUGUUAAACACUGUAUCAUUACGACAUUAGAGGUCUGUAAAUAAUAAAUAUACUGGAAUUCAUGUGUAAUUGAAAUGGCUAUAAUUUUUUAAUUUUUGUUAGCCUUAUAAAAACCUACAUGUUAUUCAACAACUUAUAUCCUCUUUUCUAUUAGAACUCCCCAUCAGCAUUGAACUUGGCUCUGUAUAUACUAGAGUUCAUGUUUAAUUGUAAUGGCAAUCUCUUACUAAAAACCUACAUGUUAUUCAACAACUCAUAUCCCCUUUUUUUAUCAGAACUCCCCAUCACCAUUAAAUAUGACUCAUUGGCCAAACUACUUUGCCCGUUUUAUUGUUUAGCACAAUUUCCUUAGAAUAUAUGUACACAGACUGUACAUUUUAGUAAGUGUACAAAUUAUGCUUCUAUAUUUGGUGAUUGUAUGCUUUCACUUUCAGUUUCAAUUACGUUAGUACUUAGCAUGUGGGUGGGAUGUGUCAGCAUGUAUAACAUAUCCCUCCUCAUGAUGUUAGUGUAAAUUGGAAUUUAAUACUGCCCUUGCCAUUUGCUGCCAAAAGAAGAACACUUUACUAACUAGAUGCUGGUAUGAAACAUAUCAAUUUGGGUCUCGUGUGGUAUAUAGAUUAUACAUGUAAAUAAAGCACAAUUUUACGUACAUGUAUCUGCUUAUUAGAAUUUAUUAUUUUCAGAAUAAUUGCCUUUGUCUUGUGCAAAAAUAUGCCUGGUACAUUGGCCAAAAGAGUCAAGAUUAUCAGUACCAUCUUUAUCCAUGUUUGUUGCAUUUGAUGCUAGAGAAAGGUAAAAAGGACAUCCUUAAAUUGGCAAAAUGUGGAAAUCUUCAAAAGGCUUUAUCCAUACAAUACACAUUGUUACUUUUAAAAUUAUGAAAUAGCUUUAUAUGAGAAAAAGGUAGCAAUAAAAGAAAAAUAGAAUUGUUGCCAAUUUGAAGACUGAGUAAAGCUGAACCCAUACUAUUUUUUCUGAAUGUGCAAACUAAAUAUAAACAUUUAAGGCUGAAAUCCUAUGAAGAUGUUACAAAUAACAUCAAGGGAAUGCUGACUCUAUAUUAAAUACUUUUUUAGUACUAUUAUUGUAUUUUUAUUAAAAUGACCCUUCGUCCCCCCCCCCCCAUGCCUACAAUGUAGGCUGUACUAGCAUAUGAAUUGAAUUAAAUUUCAAAAUGCAAUUUAUUAUAUGAGGCUUAUAAUUUGAACCAAAAAUGAGGUAUUUCAGCCGAGAUGAGAUUUUUAUCAAACGCCUCAAUGGGUGAUAAAAGAACGAAGAAGAAGAUGUGCUCUAUCUAGCCGUACACAUGUUCAUCUAAGUUUUUUGAAAACUUGUUUCUUGGGAAUAUAGAAAAAUGGAAAUCUUAUUUGAAAAUAUCUUAUAUUUCUUUACCGUCCACCACUAUUCACCACCAUCUAGCAUCGCUUUUUAUCACAUUUAAAGAUGGUGUCAUUGACAAAGUGUUCAAACUGCCAUGAUAUUAAUCUUAUAUUGAAAGCCACAUGGAUAGUAUUUGUAUAAAGUGGAUUGAUCUUUGGGGCUUCUAGGCUGAAAUUGAAUAUUAACAAAAAAUUGAAAAUAUUUUGUUUACCCCAUUUAUUGCAAAUGUUCAAUCAUACAUUCAAGCAUUCAGCAUUACGAAACAUUAACAAGAAAAUUAAACUGAAGCCUGUCAAGAAACGGCAUCAAACUUUUAAUAAUUUUGAAAUAUGAUAUUGAAUAUUGAAGUGAUUUUGAAAUAGGGAUUUAUUAAAUUUGCUUGAUUUUAAGAGACCUCAGUUAGGCAAGAUCACUUUAUUGUAGGAUAUUAAUGGUAUUCAGUACAUGUGUGAGGUUGUAAAUUUAUUUGGUUGUAUUGUCACAAAAUGGGUUCAGGUCAAAUAUACAUUUACAUGUAGGUGGAGUCGUUUGGGACCAAAGUCUAAUCUUCUAGUUUAUAAAGAAGUAUUGUUAUAUCUUUACGACUAAACAUUAUCUGGCAAUUCUGUAGUCACGUAUUUUUUUAGCCUUUUUGUUAUUUGCUACUGAUAUACAGCUCAUGUAUUUGUUGUGUAUUAAUUUUGCCUUCUAUGUUUCUUUGUUUUUACUGUAAUGCAAUGUGAACAAUUUAGAAUUGUCACAACGGAGACAGUACUAUCCUAUCAAUUUAAAACAAUCAUGGCCCAAAACAAUCUUAUUAUUGAUACAAAAUCAUGUAUUUUAUGUAAUCAUUUUCAAAAUCUGAUAAAUAUUUUGCCCUCUAUGUCAUGAAAAUAUCACCUUGCCAGUGAGCAUGCUUUGAGGAAUUAUGCCCUUCAUCAUAAUAAUAAUAAUAAUAAUAAUAAUGUGUUUUCUUUAUGUUUAAGUUUAGGAAUGUGUACGAUAUCUGUGAUAUAAGAGAGCUGAGACCCAAGAGUACAUGCCAAUAGUUAUGCAAUAUAUUACCAUGUAAAGAGAGCACAAUGUGUCUGCACAAUGAGGGCUUUGAAAUUGUACUAAGAGUUCUGAUUUGUACUUGUAGUUGCAUCCUUUUCUAUAUUCUUAUUUCUAUUGUUUCGACUUAGUAUAGAUGAAUGAUUAAAACGAUAUGUUCCUCUCAUGUAUUUCACUACUUCGAGUAGAACCUACAUACUUUACCUGUCUGUGUGUAAGUCUUUUCAUAAACUGAAUUUGGUAAACUACAUGUAUACUUGAUUACAGUUCGUACUGACUGAGAAACAUAGACAAUUAUUUUUUUAAAGACAGCUUUAGCAAGGGUCCAAAAAAAAAAGGAUAGUAAACUAGAAUAUGGAAUUAAUGAUGUUAACUUUGUCGAAUGUAUCAUUUUAAAUUGCAUGUACAUUUAAAGGAAUUUCUUAAAAUUUGUCAGAGAGUUAAGUCAUGACAAGUAGGCUGUUUUUCUCUUAAAUUUCUUCUUGAUAAUUAUGUGAAUAUAAUAUAAUAUUUGUGUAGUGUAAGUCGUGUGUUAGUAAUCUUUAAACAAUCAUUGUACUUUUGAAUUACAUGUACAAGGGAAUCACCCCAAACUCAAUAAAAUAAUGAUAUUGUCAUUCUGUGCCUUAUGGAAGGCGAUAUUAUAGCAUUCAAACUGAAGUCUUUUGUUUGGUUUGCUUUCAGUAACAGACAUAUAGAAAUGUCUUGUAAGCUGUUUUCUUGUAGGUUUACAUAACACUUAAAAUGUGUAUGAAUUGUGCAAGUUUUAAUCAGCGUCUUGAACAUAUUUUACUUUUGUAUUGAUUGAUUUCAUUAUUAGCUGUAUGAUUUACCUAAUAGGUCACAUGAUAAACCUUUAUUUACCCCAUGCUAUCAUGCAUUUAUUUCUGUACUAAAUAGACCAACAGCCCAUGAGAAAGGUAACACUUUUUAAAAAGUUGUAUGAAGGUCUUUAUUACUAACAAUAUCAUUUUGUCUGUGUUGGCCUCAUGGACUGUCCGACCCAGAGGCUAUACAGGUAUCUGUACUAAAUUCACCAGGGAUUGAUUUUAGUAUGGUCAUAAGGGUACGGGCAUAUUUUUGAAUGGGGAUAGAUGUCUUUUGCCCAUUACCAAUACUCUACAGUUUCUUUAACAAAUUUAGUGAAAUUACUUAAAAAUUGCAUUUCUGGGCACCACCUCUAUCAAGAUGAGACUUUUUUUAGCAUCUCGGUGCCCAAAUAUUAAGAUAUUCAACACCUUGCUGCCUGAAUAUGAGGUGGUGCUUGCCAAAAAUAAUUAUUGGAUUUUGAAAAUCCUAGGGGAGAGGAGGGGUCUACAGCCCCCCCCCCCUCCCAACCUCCUAUGCCUACACGUAUGAGUAUACUUUUGGUCUCCUGUGCCAUUCCCCUCUGUAAUUGUACAUUUUGUCUGCAUUCCAAUGAGCAUUUGUUUGUAAUUGCAUUUCAUCAACUCAAGAAUAAUUUGUAUAUUCGAAAAAUUUCGAAUCAUGUAGUACAGUAGUACAAACAAGUUUUGUCAAACAACACAAUACACAUGUUCUGAUGCAAUUUAUAUUUUUUCAAUAGUGGUAAUAGGGGUGUGAGAGUUUUCUUUGAAUUAAUUAUGGUGUAAGAAUUCCUUGAUUUAUAUGUACUAUUAUGUUAUUCAAGAUGUGAGCACUUGCUGUGUUGUAGGACAAUUGUCAGGAUAUUAAUGAAUGAAGUUGCAUUAACGCAACUCUUUGAAAUAAAUAUAUUUCCACUACUCUGAA